GAAGGGGAUAUAAAGGGGCGGCGCGGGCGGCUGGCGCCCAGUCUCUCGCCGCGCCGCCGCCAUGCUGUCCGCCCGCGCCCCGCUCGCCGCCCGCCAGGAGCAGCCCCGGCUGCCGGCCGUGAAGGGCCUGGCGCUGAGCGACAAGGAGAACACGCCCCCGGCAGCGAGCAGCAGCCGCGUCCUGGCCAGCAAGGCGGCCCGCAACAUCUUCCAGGAGCCGGUCCCCCGGAGCGCCGAGCAGGAGGAGCCGCUGCUGCGGGAGAACCCCCGCCGCUUCGUCGUCUUCCCCAUCCAGUACCACGACAUCUGGCAGAUGUACAAGAAGGCCGAGGCUUCCUUCUGGACGGCGGAGGAGGUCGAUCUCUCGAAAGAUCUCCAGCACUGGGAGUCGCUGAAGCCCGAGGAGAAAUACUUCAUUUCUCAUGUCCUCGCCUUCUUUGCUGCCAGCGACGGCAUUGUGAACGAGAACCUGGUGGAGCGGUUCAGUCAAGAAGUACAAGUCACAGAGGCUCGUUGUUUCUAUGGCUUCCAGAUUGCCAUGGAAAAUAUACAUUCAGAAAUGUAUAGCCUUCUGAUUGACACGUACGUCAAAGAUUCUAAGGAGAGGGAAUUCCUUUUUAAUGCUAUUGAAACGUUACCAUGUGUUAAAAAGAAGGCUGACUGGGCCAUCCGCUGGAUUGGGGACAAGAAAGCAACAUAUGGAGAACGUGUAGUAGCUUUUGCAGCAGUGGAAGGAAUCUUCUUUUCUGGCUCUUUUGCAUCAAUUUUUUGGCUGAAGAAAAGAGGAUUAAUGCCUGGACUCACUUUUUCUAAUGAACUCAUCAGUCGAGAUGAGGGUUUGCACUGUGAUUUUGCCUGCCUCAUGUUCAAGCACUUGAUACACAAACCAUCGGAGGAAAGGGUAAAAGAAAUCAUCAUGAAUGCAGUUCUCAUAGAACAGGAAUUCUUGACGGAGGCACUGCCUGUUAAGCUGAUUGGUAUGAACUGCUCUUUAAUGAAACAAUACAUCGAGUUUGUAGCAGACCGGCUUAUGUUGGAACUGGGAUUUAAAAAGAUAUACAAAGCAGAGAAUCCUUUUGAUUUCAUGGAGAACAUCUCUCUGGAAGGCAAGACCAACUUCUUUGAGAAGCGAGUAGGUGAAUAUCAGAGGAUGGGAGUCAUGUCAAAGCCCACAGACAACUCUUUCACCCUGGAUGCAGAAUUUUAAAUGGACUGAGAUGGCAUGAGUUAGUGUGUAUGCUCUCCUCUUCACAAGGAAAGAUUAAACAUAUUGAGUCACAUUGUGACUUGAUAAUCUGUACUAAAAUCCCCCUGUUGAGAGGUGUGGAGACAUUGGUACUUUUAAGGAGGCUAGUGUAACCCCAGCAGUAAAAUCCCUUUUAUAUUAGACUUUGCCAAAGGUGUUAAUUCUUAGAAUGCUUAGAUGUAUCUCUUGAAACAUGCGCUACUUAUCCGGUGAAAUGUGGGCACCUUCCUUCUGCCAGAUGGGGGGUUUGGGUAAUCACCACUAGCUUCUCCAGUUCUCCACAUCUAGGAAGGACUGUUUGGGAAAUUCUGGUCUUAAACUUGUUGAAUACUCUGUAGAAAACUCUGGAGGCAGCUAUGUGACCUCACUGCUUUCUUAGCAGGUUUUAAGUUUACUUUUUUAUAUUAUUUUAAUAGUUUGUACAUAAACCUGGCACUUUAAUUUUCAAAAUAAAAAACUGUCUUGUAAUACUCUAA